AUGGACAAGUAUAAACAUCUCCAACCGGAUAAUUGUUUUAUACCCAAUCAUGAAACGAUAUUAUCUCGGCAAACUCGAACAACGAAAAAUAUUCGUGUUCAAACAGAAUUAACAGCGUCUGGAGUUGGCACUGAAGCAAAUAUCUUUCAAAAAUAUGCUAAAAGUAAAAAUAUUCGCGUGCAAACAACAUUAACAGGAGCAGAACUCAAUGAUCAAUCCAACGUUUCUCGACUCUAUUCACAGGGUGAAGAUCUUCCCAUACCGCUUGAAACUGAUCAGACACAUCAAGAAAAUCAAAUAGGUGUAACUAUUGACUCCGAUCACAUCAAUAAUUCAAAUUCGAGUUCAAAUCAACAAGUCAUAUAUAUAAAUAAUAAUAACGUUAAAACAAAAAAUCCUUCCACAAGCAGUCCUAUUGAAGGAUAUGCUGAUGAACCACUUUUAUCACUUGUUGAUGCUUGCGAACCAUUGACUGAUGUUCUACAUAAUCUCUCAUUCUAUGUUGAAUUAGCAUUGAACGGAACACCCCGUGAACCACCCGAUCGAUUAUCAGUUGAUGAAAGUGCUGCUAUUCGUCUCUACACAAUCGAAUGGAACAAACCACACCGCAGCCUAUAUUCAGACAUGAACUACCAUCUCAAAACGAUGAAUCGAGAGAAACUCUUACCCUACUUCAGAUAUCUCAAACUAUUUAUAACUGCUCUUGUCAAACUACCAUGUGUUCCACCAUUGACAGUAUGGCGAGGUGUGACCAAGAACUUGAGUGGUGACUUUCCCCCAGGCACACGAGUAACAUGGUGGGCAUUCUCAUCAACUACGACACAGAUGACUGUACUCGAAAAUAACAUGUAUCUGGGCAGUGAAGGUGAUCGAACACUCUUCUCUGUCGAAGCAAUCAAUGGUCGAACAAUCAAAGCUCAUUCACACUUCGUUACUGAAGAUGAAAUCUUACUUUUACCUGGUACUCAUAUGAUUGUUCAAUCACAACUUUCUCCAGCAGCUCAACUUCACAUCAUUCAUUUGAAACAAGUUAAACCUGAUGAAAAACUACUUGAACUACCGUUUCCAGGUGGAAAUAUCUAUCCGAAAAUAAAACAUCCUUGGUAUCGGAAGAGAAAGGUGAUGAUUGGAAUAUGCUCGUUGGCUCUUUUGGUUGUCGUAGGCGUUGUUCUUGGAUUAGUUCUUAGUACUAAAUCAAAGUUAACUCAGACAACACUUCGAUGCACAAGUCCUUUCCGUGUGGGAAAUCAAUACGGUGUUCAACAUGCUCCAACUUCUGUAACAGUUGGUCACUUCAGAAACACUAGUCAAGUCGAUGUAGUCGUUUCCUCCGGUGAGGACGAUAGCGUUAGUCUCUUACUCAAUGAUGGACAUGGAAUUUUAAAAGUUGUCAAAGGCGAAACUCUUGCAGCUCCUGUAGCAAUGGUGUCAGGUGAUUUUGACAAUGACACGUUUGUCGAUUUGGCCGUCGUAGAUAGAGAUGCGAACAGCGUCCGUAUACUACUCAAUGAUGGACAGGGGAUAUUCAACACUUUGGAUGACUAUGAUACCGGUGACUCUCCUAUUUUUAUUAAAUCAGCCGAUGUCAAUAAUGAUAAGAUCUUGGACUUAAUCGUCAUUAGUCAGUAUGAUACUGUAGCAAUGAUAUUUCUCGGUGAUGGCGAUGGACGGUUUCCAAUUGUGACCAAGUUGGAUGUUGGUCGCGUAUCAUCGUCAGCAGUCGUAGACGAUUUUAAUCGAGACAACAUAACAGACUUGGCAUUGACUAACAUCAACGAAAAUUUGAUUUCGAUUUUCGUCGGUUUGGGAAAUGGUACUUUCCAGUAUCAAGCGGAAUAUACUGUCGGGUAUUUACCAUCGAUAGUAAUAACAGCCGAUUUUAAUAAGGACACUGUAUUAGAUUUAGCAGUAGCUGCUCAAAGUGAUGGUUAUGUUAGCAUCUUACUUGGCCAAUUGGAUGGAAGCUUCGUAUUGCAAAGUGGUGUUUAUAUGAGUAAUUCUCCAUCAUAUUUGGCGGCAGGUGACUUCAAUAAUGAUUCAAUAUUGGAUUUAAUAGCAGCUUCCGGUUAUGAUGGUUCGAUCGUUAUUGCAUUCGGAAACAAUGCUGGCUUCUUUGUUUCGGCAAAGUCAUUCUAUAUCGGUAACUACCCAACGUGCAUUGUAGUCACUGAUUUGAAUGACGAUGGAAACUCAGAUUUGAUAAUAACUAUCAGUUAUCAGAAUACAAUCAAUCUUUUGCUUGGCAAUGGAACGGGUGACUUUACAGUACAUGAUUGGUAUGCGACAGGUGCAUUGCCAACAUUCCUGAUGUAUACUGAUCUCAAUAAUGAUGAAACACAAGAUUUAGUGGUGACCAAUCAGAAUGAUAAUACCGUCACGCUUCUGUUCGGUUCCGACGCUGGAAAAUUUCAGCUGCCACUCACAUAUUCAGUGGGUAAAGGGCCAGUUUUUGUCCUAUCUGCUGAUUUCAAUGUUGAUACGAAACCUGAUCUUGCGGUAGCUGAUGCAAAUGAUACUCGUAUCAGUGUACUAAUUAACAACGGAUCAGCUAUAUUCCUUCCUGCACAAUACUAUUCCGUGGGUAUUCGUGGUUCAAUCGCUAUGGUAGCAGCUGAUUUUAACACGGACACUAAGUUAGAUUUAGCAAUCAUUUACAAAUCGGUACCUACUCUAUCAUUACUUAUGGGUAAUGGAGAUGGAACCUUUCGAAAUGGAACUAACAUUAUGCUUGAUGCACAACCAAUAUCCUUCAUUGCGGUUGAUUUGAAUAAGGACAGCAAAAUUGAUUUAGUACUUGUCAAUCAAAGUAACAAUACUAUUAGCAUCUAUUUGGGACAUGGAAACGCAAGUUUUUCCAAGUUCAUGACUAUUCCAGUGAGUCGUUCGCCGACUGCAGUUGUAGCGGCUGAUUUCGACAACGACACGCAACUUGAUUUAGUCGUGACUGGCAGUGCACGCAACGUUGUCGUCAUUCUAUUUGGUAAUAGCAACGGAUCAUUCUCUAAACAGGUGAACAAAACUGUUGGUCGAUAUCCUAGUGCCGUCGUAGCGGCUGAUUUAGACAAGGACAGCAAUCUGGAUUUGGUAGUAAUUAACAGAAGCGACAAUACAAUGAGUGUAUUAAUGGGUUAUGGUAAUCGAAGCUUUUCGGAUCAAAUCAAGUAUCCAACUGGUCUCAUGGCAAAUGCCAUUGCAAUCGGUGACUUGAAUAGUGAUAAUAAGAUCGACGUUAUUGUAACGAACUAUCAAUCACAAACAGUGUCUGUCUUCUUGAACACAUGCGAGAACAUAAUAACUACACAUGUUUGA